AUGGGAAAUACAUCUUCUCAGCUCGAACCAUACCCUGAAAUUGCUGACGAUUUUGGAGAUAUCGUCCCUGAAACUCCCAAUCCCCCCAAGGUUGGCGGGACGAAGAAAAAUAAUAAGGAACACAUAUCAUCAGAAACCGAAGCAUUAUCUCCAGUGAUUGGGAAAGCCUAUGGUACAGAGCGCCUCUCAGAAUUAGACUCGAACAUGUCGAAUCCUUCAAAGCGAAAGCGCGACUCUGAACCUGAGCGCAAAAAAAAGAUCAAGAAGCCUCGCAAAUCAGAAAAGUCCGUUGCCGAGUCACCUUCACCAGAAAGAAGCUCAACCCGCUUUGAAAUUGCUAUUCACAAUGCCCCCACUCCCAGCCAACCCACUACAUCAAAGCCUAAGUCUUCGUCAAAGAAGGUUCGCAAGCAGAAUGGCAAAAACUUGAAUAUCCUCACUUCAUCCACUGCUCAACCUACUCUCGAAUCAACGGUUGCAGAAGGACCGUCCGCUGUAAAGCAGCUGGCUGCCACCAAGCGAACUCCAGCCCCUGACUCGCCCAACACUGAGGAUAGCAACACGCCAGGAGGCAAGACCAAGGGAGUUAGAAGCUCGCGCAUUAGGGAGAGGGACAAUUUGAAAAUUGGCUUCUAUACGCCGGAUGAAGUGCGAAAAAUCGAAGCGUACAAAGUCAAUGUCUGUACCAUGCAUGGCAUUCCUAGUGCCAAAUUCGACGAGAUGGUUCAGCAUUCUGAGCGUACCCGUGAAUUAAGCGUCGAAUCUCCAUUCUUCUCAUAUGGCAUCCUCAAAGGCGACUUUUGGGACGAGAUCUACGCUCUUCUUCCGGAUCGUGAUCGGCGAUCUGUAUACCGAUUCAUGCGUCGACACUUCCAAGCUUCGGCUCAAAGGGCACACGAAUGGUCGAAGGAACAAGAUGAUGAGCUUAUCGAGCUCCACGCCCAACACGGUCCGAAAUGGACUUUCAUUGGUAAGCUCAUUGGGCGCAGUGAUGACGAUGUCACUCAGCGCUGGAAGAACAAGCUCGAGCACCAGAACACCAUGAACCAAGGUGCGUGGUCGGAGGAAGAACACAAGAUGUUCCUUGACGCCGUGGAAUCAACGUGGGUCACCAUGAAGCCAAUGCUUCCCGAUAAGGCAGGCAAGGACAUGUACGAGCUGGAUGAGCGCCUCAUUGUAUGGGGUAACAUUAGCAAGGAGAUUGGUUAUGUGCGGUCUCGACAACAAUGUGCAGACAAAUGGCGCAAGAUCGUGAAACAGGUCAUGGUCCUGCGGGCCAAUGGCCAGCCAGACGCGGUGUUCGAUCCCAAACUCGCUGCUAAGAAAAGUGCCCACUGGAACAUGAGAUUGGAGACGCAAAGGAAGAGCUCUCAAUUCGUGAACGAGGAUACUGAUGACGACGAGGACAUGAUAACUACCACCCCGAGCUCAAAGCCCCAUGAUGAGGCAGCACCAUCUUCCAUUGUCAAUGCCAAUGCCGAGUCUGACCACGAAGCGCAGUCUAAAGAGGGUGAGCCCAACUUGCCCGCACCUCUCAAAAAUGAUAUGAAGUCAAAAUUUAAGCGCAAGCACAAUGAAGAUUCCGCGUCCGGUCCCAUCGAGAAAGCCCCGUCAUCUCCCGGCGCCCCCCAAAAGAGCAAGGAGGAGAGGAAGCGCGAGAAGAAGGAGAGGAAGGAGAGGAAACGCGAGAAGAAGGAGCAACGAGAGAAGAAGAGGCAAGAGAAAGAAAAGGGAGAGCAGAUUGAGCAAGAAGUCCCGGAAGACAAGGCCGCACGCAAAGAGCAAAAGUGGAAGAGGAGGGAGGAGAAGAAGAAGCGAAAGAUAUUAGAAGAGGAACGUCUCGCUGCCGAGGAGGCUAACCAGGCAUCUGGCAGUAAUGAAUCCCCUAAGGAGAAGAAAAAGUCCAAGAAGCAGAAACAAGCUUCCAUUGGCAGCCCUACCUCUUUGGUCAAGCCCUCUCAUUCUGUUGUCGAAGCAUUCCCAUUGCCCACAUCACCUGUUUCUCACGGUGCUGAUGCUGUCGAUGAUGAAUAUGACUCAGACGGCGGAGAUGAGGACAGCGAAGUUUACUUCAAGUACGAGAGUGACUCGGAAGAGCUGUGA